CCGGGACCGGCGCCUCGUGCAGCGCCUCCCACCCCGCUCCAAAUGCCGAAUCUUGCCUGCCCCCCACAUUUCCCCAUGGCUUGGCACGGCCUCCUCCGGCGCCCACCCAGACGCUGUUGACCGGCUGCAGCCCGAGGUCGCAGGAUGAGGAACCCACUGGUGGCCCGGCUCCUGCUGGUGGUCUCGGCUGUGUGGGCAGCCCCCCAGGCUGGGAGUGGCAGGCCUGAGACCCCCCUGUCCACAAUGCCGGACCCUGAUCCUGACCCUGACCCGCUGAGCCUGGAGCUGCUCACACUGCCGCUGCUCCGGAGCAUGGUGCAGAGCCUGAGUCCACCAGACUGGGAUGCAGAGGCCAUGACACGGGAGCAGGCUCUGCUCUACCUCUUCGUGCUGCACGACCAUGACCGGAGCGGGCACCUGGAUGGGCUGGAGCUGCUGCAGCUGCUGGGGAUGCUUCUGGCACAGCGGGAUGGGACACAGCCAGGCCCAGAGGCGGUAGUUGAGCUGGUGGACCGAGCCCUGGAAAGGCAGGACUUGAGCAGAGAUGGGCUGCUUGACCCCUCUGAGCUGUUCCUGGUACCUGGCCGGGACCCGGAACUUCCCAGGCAACCACUGUUACAGCCCCCCGGGCAGCCUUGGGCUGGGGCUGUGCCUGGGAGGGACACAGAGGGACCCGGGGAGGACCAGGAGGUGAGAGGUCCAGGGGAUGGCCCAAUGGAGGGGCAGGCAGCCCCCCAGGCUGAAACCUCCCAGGCUGGAGCUGUGGAGGUGGAAGAAGCCCCUGAAGCAGAAGCCCCCAGUGCUGAGACUGUUGAGGCAGAGGAAGCCCUUGAGGCUGGAGGCCCUGAGACUGAAGCCCUCAGUGAUGGAGCCCCUGAGGCUGGAAUCCCCCAGGAGGAGGCAACCCCAGUCUGGAAGGACCCUGGGGAGGGGUAGAGGAUGGGAACUGUGGGGUGCAAUGCCCCCACCGCUCCCUGCCCUAAUCAGAGCAUGUGGUGUGUGGGGGGUUCCUGCACCCCUCAUCCUGCAGGGGGUUGGGGGUGCUGGGGCCAGGCAGUCACCCCUGUAACCUGGCAAGAUGGAGAAAUAGAGGAG